ACGGAACAGCCAUUUUUUGUAUGCGUCCAUUGUCCAUCGGAUUAAGUGCUCUGCUUUGUUUCUUCUUCUCGGUUUCUCUGGGAACAAUCUCACUGCUUCUCCCCUAAACAAUGACAUUAUAGUUCAUUGUUCUUUGUUGAAGCGCCCAUUCAAUGCAUUCCGGGCCGAGACAUGAGGUCUAUAAAGGAAGUGCCCGUCCAGCUUCGAGCUUCACUUCUACGCAUCGACUCAACUCCAUCAACAUCACAUUAUACAAACCAAUCAGCCAUACAUACAUCAAUCGAGGUCAGUUACUUCAUUUCCUCCUUCAUUUCCAUCCGAGCAAAACCACUCAAUCCACUAUCCCGCCUAACAUGACACCAUUCUAUGACAUUCUAGCUAGGCGGCAGGAUAGCAACGAUACACAUCAGCGCCACAUCACCACCAUCUUCUAUUUAUCCGUCACCCUCGCCCCGACCAUCGUCGUCCUCGUGCUGGUCAUCUUGUCCCUCUGCAUCUGGCGACGCCGUACAGCCAAGUACGACCUGCGACGGCGCGAGGAAUGGGACAGGGAGCGCGCCAUCCACCGAGGCGAAGUCCUCUCGCUGAACCGCCGGCUCCGGUGCUGCACAUGCAACCCAGCCCUGCCCUGGGAAGACCGUGGCAAUGCCAAUACUCAACAACGAGCCCCCGGAAACGACCCCACGCCCGCUGUGCAGCCGUCCCGCAUGUCCAGCGACGAAGGGAUUCGCCUGACCUUCAUGCGGGACUCUUUUGACCUUGUGCGACCUCCCCUCGACGACGCCGGAAAUCAAGGAGAACCGGGAACGGAAACCUUCAUCAUUGGAGAUGAUGAGAGUGACGAGUCUAACCAUGAAGAAGACGUUCCUCCGGCCCGGCAUGGGCUGUCGCCUCCCCCUGUCCGCGAUCAGCGUGUCACUAACCGCCCUCCUAUCCCUAAUGCCACUUCUUCCGUGUCUGACGCCUCCGGCCGUCCUGGUCGUAUAUCGGAGACUUUCGGGGCAAGGCCCGUCUCGUACCGGCGGUCGGAAGAUCGCCUAAAGCAGCAUCGACCCUGGUGGUCAAGGUAGGUAGGCAUCGGCCUCACAACAGAAUCUAACCCAAAUCGUUUCGGUGCUCACAGAGUGACACGAGAGAACGCAAGAAGUAUCAAGGUACGUGAAUAAAUAAGAGAACCAUUUUUGGCCAUAUAUACAUCAUAUCGUUGUCCAUCUCUCUCGUGACCUGAUGUGUGGCGACUGAUCCCCCUGAGCACCUGAAUUUGACGCACUUUCCCAGCUUUUCGCAGUUGAAGGCAUGAAAGAUUGCCUGUCACCGGCGUGGACAACAAGUCCUGAC